GUGAGAAUCUGUAUGUGUAAAAAAAAAAAAUUCCUUUCUGUUUAUUUCCUUUCUGCUUCCUGUUCUCUGUGUGAAAAAUUGUGCAAGAUUUGUGCAAGUUCGUAAUGCUAUUUUGAUCAUUUAUUUUUAAAGCAUGCGUAAGUGCUUUAAUGUUUAUUUUUAUAUAGUAAUAUUUAUACGUUUUAUCCGAAUGUUAGUUUAAAGGGAAAAAUUGCUUGAUUUUAUGUUUUAAUUAUAUUUUAGUUUUUUAAUAAGACGUGCAAAUAAGCAUCUGCGUGUAUAAAAUUAAAACAUCUCUCCUGUUUGUUUAGUGCAUAUCUCCUUCCUGCAUAGUCACAGCGUGUGUCAGGAUGUACAGCUUUAUGGGCGGCGGCCUGUUCUGUGCCAUUAUUGGGAACAUCCUGAUAGUGGUCUCCACAGCGACAGACUAUUGGAUGCAGUAUCGCCUCUCAGGCAGCUAUGCCCACCAGGGCCUGUGGAGGUACUGCAUGGCCAACAAGUGCUAUAUGCAGACAGCAAGUAUAGCAUACUGGAAUGCCACACGGGCAUUCAUGAUCCUGUCAGGAAUGGCGUGCUUUGCUGGAAUCAUGGCAGGCAUCCUCUCAUUUGCCCAUUUUUCCGCUUUUGAGAGAUUCAGUCGUUCCUUUGCAGCAGGAAUCAUGUUUUUCAUCUCCACUCUGUUUGUGCUGCUGGCUAUGUCGAUCUACACUGGCGUAACCCUAAGCUUUCUGGGCAAGCGGUUUGGAGACUGGCGCUUCUCCUGGUCCUACAUACUGGGAUGGGUGGCCAUGCUCAUGACUUUCUUUGCAGGGAUAUUCUACAUGUGUGCACACAGAAUGUAUGAAUCUAGGAGAGUGGUUGGAAGUCGCUAACCUGAAGAAGGAAAAACUGCAAGCAGCAGAAAUUUUUGGCUCAGAAAUCAUCAGGAACUUCAUCACACUUUAAUGUUAUAUAACUUUAAACUUCAAAAAUACACCGACAAAUUUAUAGUUUAAAAACUGCAUUAAAGGACUCUUUUUUACACAUGCACAUAUAUUUGUAUAAUUCUGCACAGAUGAAAAUACCAGUCUUCAAAAAUGUUUAUUUCACUUUUCAUAAUUUUUUUUUCAAUAAAA